AUGUCGUUCCAUGGCCAAGUCGGUGACACAGUUUCACUCGUUGGGCUGCAACGACGACCAGAGCUGAACGGGACUCGAGCUCGCAUUGUUGCUGUUGUUAAGGCUACCGCUGAAGCAUGGUCACCACCAUCCGACGUCGCGUCUUUUUUCAAGUACUAGAAAAAGGACACUACAGGGUUGGUCUCAAGGAUGUUGCGACUGCGGUAGCUCUAAUGAGGAGAGCAGUGCUGCUGCUGCCAGUGAUAGUACUGCUUGUUCUCCAUCCGAGGACACCGCCUCGGCAUCGCCGUCCAAUGUAACAUCAAACAAGCUGAUGUAUACUGUAGAAUCGUUGCCGUCUGCUUCAUCAAGAAGUUGCUCCACUGCGGGUGGAGCUGCUGGGAGUCGUGGGAAGUUGCUCAAAGUCAAGCCUGAAAAUCUUAGGGAGGUGGUGAUCGUGGAUCGCAAUCGAGCUGCACCUUUGAACUCUACAAGAACUGCUAGCUUUACUUCGAGGUCGACUGCUACUACUACGUCCGGAUACAAUAGCACCAAUAACAGAGGAGCCAACUUCUUCACGAACAAUGAAAACAACGGCAACUACAACGAUAGCAGUUUACCAGCUCGUGACAAUGUUGGAGCAGGAUUUCCGUUUCCGUUUGGUCUACUUCUCCAUCAAUCGCCUUUUCUCUUGCCAUUCCUAGCUUUUGCGGCAUUCAACGUUUUCGAUAUGUUCUCCGUCAUGUCAAGACCAUCUUCGAGUGCGCUGGAUGCUCGUAGGACCAGUGCUCGUAGAAACAGUAAUAUGGCAGCCUCUACUAGUACUCGCAGAUUCGGCGUAGGAGACUCGUGGGGAGAGGAAAAACAUCGUGAAACGGAUCCAGUCGACUUCCCAGCACCAGAGGAGCCUGACGAGGUCGAGGAGACCGCAUCCGCAAUCGACGAUGAGGAAGCACAACUCGCUGUCGAUGUUGAGUUUGAGAAGAAUAUUGCCAAUGAUGAUGAUGAUGAUGAUGAUGAUCACAAGGUCGAAACUGACAAUUCUAAUGCAAUGAAAUCGAAUAAUUUGCUGUGGAAUUAUACCUGGCCCUCUUGGAGUCCUAUCUCGUCCCAGAUGACUCAGUACUAUCACGACUUGGCCCUCAACACAAUUCAUACUUACUCCCAGCAUUUGCAGACACAAAUCCCGCAACCUUUACGUACUUUCUUCUCUUCUCUGACACACUACUUUUCUAGAGUCUCUUCCUCUUGUUCUUCCUGUUUAAGAAAAUUCAUUCCGAUAUCCUCGAUUUGCAACCACUUUGGCCCUGAACAUCUCCUCGCUAUCUCUCUAGGCUUUUGGCUAUGCUACAAAGCGAGGCUACAUGAGCAACUGCAUCGUCUCAGCCCUUGGCAGCUUCUCUUUUUGGUCCAAAUUGUGAUCCAAUUCUUCUGUCGGAGACGCUUCUUACCAGCAGGGAUGAACCUUUUAGGAGGCGGCUUUCCGUCCUUUCAUUGGCGAGGGAACUUAGGAGGUGGAUAUCAUAGAGUACAGUUUUUCUUUUUCAGAUUCUGCCGAAGAGAUGGCCCUCCACCAGGUACCACUGCCUUCUCUAUUCAAGGAGGGACCAUCAGCGAACGAGUCC